AUGGCGCACAUCACAGGCUUCCCCCCGCCUCCGAGGCCGGGCCCCCCUCCCACCGCCGCCGCCGCCGCGUCGACAAGGAACCACAUGACGGACAUCGAGGAGCCGUUCCCGAGCCCCGACGCGCUGGCCUCGGCCACCAAGAGCCACGCGCAGGGCCGCUUCCGCAUCUCGACGCGCAAGCUCCCCAUCUCCAAGUCGGGCGCCAUCGACGCGCUGACGGAGCGCAUCGGCAUCCCCAUGCCCGAGAUGAUCUUCGGCGACAACAUGGUGUCGAUCGAGCACGUCCCCUCGGGCUGGUCCAUCACGUUCAGCACCGCCGAGGCGCUCGACGCCGUCGACAAGACGGACCGCCACAUGCUCAAGGUCGCGUACGCGCGCGACUGGGAGAGCACCCGCGAGGGCACCACCGCGGGCAUCAAGGAGGUCGUCAAGCCCUACGACUGGAGCUACUCGACUACGUACCGCGGCACCGUGCAGCAGCCGCAGGAGCUGCCGACCCUGCGGCCGACGGACGUCAAGAUCCCCAUCGAGCUCCUCAAGCGGCGCGACCCCAUCCUCUUCUUCGACGAGGUCGUCCUGUACGAGAGCGAGCUCGACGACAACGGCAUCUCCGUCUACAGCGUCAAGGUCCGCGUCCACGCCCACCGCAUGCUGCUCCUGUGCCGCCUCUUCAUGCGCCUCGACAACGUGGUGGUGCGCAUCCGUGACACGCGCGUCUACGUCGACUUUAACACGGACGAGGUGCUGCGCGAGUACACGGAGAAGGAGUCCAAGUUUGAAGAUGUCAAGAGGGCGUUGUUCUUGUCGGGACGCCUGACAGACGACAUCACCACCGCGCUGCGGGAUCCAAACGUCCUGGAUCCGUUGCUGCACACCGUAGACCAGAGGGCCGACGCCAUCAUUCUGGCAUCGGUGGAAGCUGCCGCGACGACGAGCCAGGGUGCCUAG